AUGCUUGAUCUAGGAAAAGAGCACUUCCGCAAUCUUGACGUUUUCAUCGAACGACCUACUUCCUACAAUCCUAGGUAUCAUAUGAGAUUUCGGAGCGCACUGCAGCUCAUCAUGGCUGCUCUUGUGAUAUUGUUAUUAGUGCUGCAUUCUCGUCGGCAUCGUAGCGCACAUAUAGAUCUGACGAAGUUAUUUCCCAAUAAUGUUAAUACGGAACCGGCUGGAGUGAAGAACAAAAUCGCGAUUCUUGAUGUUAUCGAAUCGGAUACUCGACCUGCUUUCUAUCAACAUGCAAUGUGUUGGUUUUUAGUUUAUUAUGGGCUCGAGUUACAUCGUCACAACUCGUACACGUUGUUUGAUAUAUAUUACCUGUCUGUUGCCUGCUAUGCUCGUGCUCAAGGCUAUGAGUUCCGUAUAGUCUUCUCGUCAAACUAUUCAGCAGAAUGUCCUCAUAGCGAUGUUUAUUUACGACGCCACUGCGUGGUUGCUCAUGUUCUGCCCCAUUAUCAUACAAUUCUGCGAAUCGAGGAAUACAUUGCAGAAAAUGUAGAGAUAACCUUUUUUGAUCGAUUUUACAAUUGGGAAGUUGCUGCUGGAUCGUACAUAGUCAAAAAUACUGAAUGGACGCAGAAGUUCCUUAAAGAUUUUGCGGACUAUGAGUAUCGCCUACCAAAGUAUUACCACGGCACCGACAAUGGGGCUUUGCAUGGGACCGCUUGGGUGAGAGACAAUUGGAUGACAAAUACAAAAUGGUCUCCGGAAAGAGAUUUUAUGCUACACAACUGGAAGGUCACUCAGUUGCAUGGUGCCUCAAAAGGUGAGUGGUUUGUGCCCUUUAAGGGACACCUUCAACUGGAUCUCUGCACUGCGGGCAACACAACGUGGAACUACGAUCCAAAUCUCAUAGAAACACCGGAAAGGAUUGAAGUUAAGCUGCAGACUCUUUACGAUAGGAUCGACAGGGAAAGGAUUAAAAGUUUGGCAAGAAUGAAAUUGGAAUCUAAAACGCUCUUGGGUGUUUCUAUGACGCGAAAUUACAACAUUGCUACAAAAGGGUCUCAAAGCGUGUUCGCUAACAGCGGCUCAUUCCUAUCCUCAGAUUCUCACGAA